AUGUUAUCUCUCAAAGAACUCAUUCCAGCCCUUACUAAAGAUUUUACCUAAGGAAUAACCAGAGUAGAUUAGCAUAUCUAUAUACAUCCUAAAAAAGAACAUAAAUACACUUUCAUUUGGGUAAUACCAUCCCCUUUAAAAUUAGAUGCAUGGAUUGGAAGAUGUCCCUGAAAGUUUCCUGGCAGGUUUCAACAAUCCAGAAUUGAACCCAUUUGAUAAUUAAACAACAAAGGUCAUUUUACUAUGUGCUCCUGUUAGACCAUUAACCAAAAAUUAAGGGGAAGAGAUGACAUCAUGGUACGACAUAAUGAUCCCAAGUUGGAAAUAGUAUUGGGGAAUCAAAUCUGACAAGGAAUUGUGGGGUGUAGAUUAAGCUAUAGAGUCAAGAAAUUUCAUCUGGAGUUUGAUUGAUUAGGAACCAGUCCCAAAAAAGAAUAUCUUUAUUGGAGGAUUUUCCUAAGGAUGCUGUAUGUCAUUAUUGGCAGGAUUAGGAUACAAGUUUAUUUAUGGUCUUAAAUUAACUUAGAGAAUCCCUAGGUGGCAUACUUGGAAACUCAGGGUUUUUGUUCCCAUUCACAGAAAUCAAUAACAAGACUCCUAUAUAAAUAUUGCAUGGCGAGGAGGAUGAAGUUAUUCCAUAUUAAUUUGCUGAGAAAUCCUUGGAACCCUUAGCAAAAAUAGAAAAUGAAUUCCAUUUAAUCAAACUAAAGGGUAUUGAACAUGCUAUGAUGAUGGAGAAUUUUAAAUUAAUGAAGGAGUUUGUGAUCAAGCAUUCAUAAUGA